CGAAUACAGGGAAAUAUAAAAAACAAGGCAUCAUUGAAGGAUCUCUGCCUUAGAUACUUCACCCCGAGGGAGGUUGCAAACUUGCAUUCCUUUCCAGCAGAUUUCAAGUUUCCCCAACACGUGAGCCUCAGACAGCGGUAUGCCUUGUUUGGUAAUAGCUUAAGCGUGGGCGUCGUUGCUCCUUUGCUUCGAUAUUUAUUCACGGAGGCCCCCACUCCCAUGACACACUAGACGGAGUCCAACGAUAAAAGUGCAAAAUGUUUUAGUCUUCCAAGUGUGCCCUUUUCACAAAUGCUUGAUAUAAAAGAGCUGUGUACUGUUCUUGCACUCAAAUCUCAAUAGAAUAUGUAAUCUUUGAGGGUUUGUUGUAUUGGGGACGGAGGAAUGGAGGAUACAGCAAGUUCUUGCAUUGAAGCUGUAAUCAAGAUCAUGAUGAACCUGGAAUCAAUCUUGGAGGGCGAUGGGGACGAAGAGAUACUCCAUUACAGGACCGUCUUUUCUUCUUCUUCGUCUCCUUCACGGCCACCUUCUCAACCCCCAUUCUUGAGUACGGAUUGCUCAAUUUCCACGGAGGAAGUUGGCGAGGUUCCUCACCCAUUCUCGUCCGAGAAGAGCGACUCUCAAGUGUCGCAGGGAGAAACCACCAAUACUUUUAGGGAUCCAUGUAACUCAUCAAGCCAACCUAGUUCUGAAAAUAGCAAAACCCGUUUGGUAGAAAUCCUCCUGGGCCACAGGGACGACCCUGAAUCUGCGUUUAAGCAUUUUAAACAGGGUCUGGAGCAGUUGGAUUUUCAGCGGGGGAGCGGGGUGCCUCUCUAUGUUUUGCUUCACAUUUUGGUAUGUUCCUCUGAGCACCAGCAUAUGGCUAGGAGUUUGAUUUUAAAACACGUUCUUGAGGAUUCUGGUCCGACUCGUCUUGUAUUUGAUAGCCUUGCUGAUUGUGCCAAGAGAUUCAGUUUUGAGUUGAGUCCUGUUGUUUUCAAUGGUUUGCUCUAUAGCUUAUGUAAAGCUCGUCGUGCGUUAGAUGCUAUUGAUUGCUUUAAGGGUAUGUUGGGUCAUGAUAUAUUGAUCCAGCCCUUCCUUAUUGGUAAAGUCUUAAAGAUGUUAGUCCGGAAUAAAAUGAUCCGGGAAGCUAAAGCUCUGUUUAGUGAUGCUGUCUGUAGAGGGAUUGCAUAUGGUACUUUUCCAGUACGUUUAAUGAUGCUUGCUUGUGUAAAAGAAGGAGAUGCCGAGCUUGCUGAGAGGUACUUUUUAGAGUCCAAGGCUAGUGGAAUUACGCAUAAUGAAGCAACAUACAGUGUUGCUGUACACACUGCUUGUAGAUUGGGGAAAGCGAAUACUGCAAUUGCAUUGCUGAAUGAGAUGAAGGAGAAGAGUUGGGUUCCUUCCGAGGGAACAUACACGAAUGUAAUUUGUGCUUGUGUGAAGCAAAUGAAUAUGGUUGAUGCAUUAAGGCUUAAAGAUGAGAUGGUUAGUUUUGGCCGAUCAGCAGGAUUGGUGGUUAUGAUAAGCUUAAUGAAGGGAUAUUGUGUGCAGGGUGAUGUAAGCAGUGCUUUGGGUUUGCUUGAUCGUGUUGUUGAGGGUGGAUUAAGUCCAAACAAGGCCACUUAUGCAGUUCUGAUCGAAGGCUGCUGUAAUAAGGGAUAUAUUGAAAAGGCACUAGAAUUGCACACUCAAAUGAAACUUGCUGGAAUUGAGCCAUCCGUGUAUACCGAGAAUUCUUUACUUAGAGGGUUCCUCAAAGCUAACUUAUUGGAUGAAGCAAGUAAACAGUUUGAGCAAGUGGUUGCCACUGGUGUUGCCAAUGCCUUCACAUACAAUGCAAUGUUGUCGUGGUAUUGCAAAAAGGGCAAAACAAAAGAAGCAGAAGGUUUAUGGGACAAGAUGGUGAACAAGAGAGUUGUGCCCACUAUAGUCUCAUAUAACAACAUGAUCCUUCUCAACUGCAGAAGUGGAAAUAUGGACAAAGCAUCAACUUUAUAUUCCGAGCUGAAAAAUCACAAUACGAAGGCUAAUGUAGUCACAUAUACCAUUUUAAUUGAUGGGCAUUUCUGUAGAGGUGAUACCGAUCAAGCACUAGAAACAUUUGACAAAAUGCUUGCUUCAGGGAUUGCUCCGACGGACUACACACUCAACUCCAUCAUAAAUGGUUUGUGUAAAGUCGGGAGAACAUGUGAAGCAAAGACUAGGCUUAAUAUGUUCACAGAGAUGGGUCUAGACUCGAGCUGCAUGGCGUACAACGCUGUUAUUAAUGGUUUUCUAAAAGAAGGGUCAGUUGAUUCAGCUAUAGCUACUUAUACAGAGAUGUGUAAACAUGCAAUUUCCCUAAGUGUUGUCACAUAUACCUGUUUAAUUAAUGGAUUGUGCGAACACAAUAACAUUGAUCUAGCUGUUAAAGUGUUGAAUGAAAUGAGGGCCAAAGGUGUUGAAUUGGAUAUUGUUACAUACGGUGUCCUUAUUGAUGUCUUUUGUAAAAGAAGAGACAUGAAAAAUGCAAUGGAACUCUUUGAAGAACUUCUUGGAGUCGGUCUUUCGCCCAACAUAGUUCUGUAUAACAGCAUGAUUAGUGGGUUUAGAAAUGUUAACAAUAUGAAAGGUGCACUAGCCGUGUACGAACGGAUUAUAAAGGAGGGAAUCCCAUGUGAUUUGGAGACAUACACUACCUUGAUUGAUGGGCUACUAAAGGAUGGGCAAAUAGUUCUUGCAUCCAAUCUCUACACAAAAAUGCUUUCGAAGGGUAUAACACCUGACGAAAUUACGUACACUGUGCUGGUACAGGGUCUUAGCAAUAAAAAGCAGGUGAAGAAUGCACAGAAGGUAUUUGAUGAUAUGCGGAAAAACAAGGUGACUCCUAAUGUUCUUAUUUACAACACACUAAUUGCUGCAUACUUCAAGGAGGGGGAUAUUCAAGAAGCUUUUAGGUUGCAUGAUGAGAUGCUUGAUCAAGGUCUAGUACCUGAUGAUAUGACAUAUGAUAUUCUUGUUAGAGGAACACAAGAAUGUAGCUCAGUCACUGAUUGACACUUUAUGUAUUCGAUAGACAAAAAAUAUGGCACAUAGCCUAUACCAUUUUUGUAACUAUGCUAAGUGACAUGAGAGGUUCUCCUAUGCAGUUGGUUGGCCAUGUGUUUCUUUUCACUUUACUCCCCGUCUUGGUUGAGUGUUUCCUGGAGAACGAAUUGGAUUUGAAUAUGGAUUUCCAAAGCCUGGCUAUGAUUCUUCGAGGUGCUCUUAGUUACAACUCUGUUGAACUUAAGGCUGCGAGGAAAGCCCCAAUCAGGUUCGCCAUUUUUGACAAUGACUUCACCAACCAAGAGAACAUGCAGAGGAGCAGGAUCUUCUUUGUUUUCAGCAGCAAUAAGACUGAAGCAAAUGU